CACUCUUCCCGAAAUUUCUCGAAAACUUACAACUCUUCCAUUUAUAAACCCAUUCACUCGCUCUGCUUCUGCAUCUUUCAUUUAACUGUCAUUUGCUUUCCUCUUUGCUACUACUCAAGACACCGUGUAACGACUUUCUUCGUUAUCUGUAAAAGGUUCUUUAUUGUCAAAAAUGGCUGCCAUGCUUACGGCUGUGAACGCCUUUUCGUCUCCGUCAGCAUUAUCCAGAACUGGAGCGGCUUCUAGCAACGCAAUUUGCCCUCCAGUUAGCAAGAUUUCAUUGUGUAAAGCAGGGGCGAGCUCUCCAUCCUCCAGGCGCCCUGUAAAUUCUCUUUUGGUGAGGGCAGAGAGUAAAGAUCACGCAGUUGAUGUACGCAAAUCAGGCAAAGAAGUGCAGAAAAAGGCCAGGGUAGCAAAUAUUUCGCCCUACGGGCUUGUGAAUCCUUUAUCUCCAAUGUCAAGUAUGAGGCAGAUGCUGGAUACUAUGGACCGGCUUUUUGAGGACUCAUUUACGAUCCCUUCGUCGAGGCCUUCGAGAGACAACACGUUGAGGGUUCGAACCCCAUGGGAUAUGAUGGAGACUGAAAAUGAACUGAAAAUGAGGUUCGAUUUGCCUGGAUUGUCGAAGGAGGACGUCAAGGUGUCAAUUGAUGACGGCUUUCUGGUUAUCAAAGCAGAGCAGAAACAAGAGAAAAGGGAUGCCGAUUCUUGGUCCAGUAGAAGCCACACAUCCUACAAUACAAAGCUUAUGCUGCCUGACAACUGCGAGACUGAUAAGAUUAGGGCGGAAUUGGAGAAUGGCGUUCUAAAUAUCACCAUUCCCAAGUCAAAAGCGGAUUCCAAAGUGUUUGAUGUUAAGAUCGAUUGAGAUUCGUCCAUGAGAGGGGAACAUGAAGAUUUUGUUCAAGGUUUCUAGUCUGAUGGAAAAAUUUCAGACGCGAAACUUCCUGCAAUGUUAUUUCAAUUUUUGCUUUGUUUUUCAGUUUUCUUUACUGCACACAGACAUUCAAGAACUAAAUGUUGUUUUCGUAUAAUGGGCUGACACGCGUGUACCUAGAAGAAAUGUAUACCUGUGUGUCUACAAUAAGAAUACGUAUGUUUGUGUAUCUGCACCAAGAAAUGUAUAUUUCUUAAACUUAAUAAAUCAGGUUUCCACAUUUUUAAGAAA